AUGUUUAUGUCCACCCAAGAUAUAUUGAAAGCAAGAGAAAAAGAAAGGUUAGAAGCAGCUAAAAAGGACAGGGAAGAACGACUACUAGCUCUUAAAGAAUUGCUUCCAAACGCCCCGACAACGGUGAGAAGAAAACUGAACAAUUUGCUGCAAGACUUGUUCGAUAAAAAUGCUGAAUACAGCGGCAAAACCAAAACUUUUAAUGUUAUGGCUAUAAUAAUCGAUAAUCUGCAUAGAGUUCUACAAAAUACCACUUCUAUAUCCAUAUACUACGAUGAAUGA